AUGGAGAUUCUCAAGAAGACGGCGCUGCUUCACAUCGAGCAGCAGACAAAAGACAUACCGCCGGAGGAGGUAACCGACAUCUCGCUAAGUGGCGUCCCGCUGCUGCCGGAGCGCCUCACAUGCUUCAGCGCCCUGACGUACCUGACGCUGGUCUCGCUGAAGCCAAAGCUCAAGACGCUGCAGGCGCUUUCCCUGGCCGCGUUCCCGUCUCUCCGCAUGCUGGACGUGAGCGAUAACGCCGUGACGGUCGCGGAGGAGCUCCCACGGUGCCCCACUUUGCGGCGCCUCUUCAUCGCGAACAACUGCCUAAGGCAGUGGGCGGAGGUUGAGCGGCUGGCGGCGGCGUUUCCGGAGUUGGAGGCCGUCGACGUCGCGGACAACGCGGUGGCUGACGCCUCCCGCUUCAACGACUUCUUUGCGUUGUUUCCGAAGCUCGUGGCGCUCGACUCCAGAGGCCGCGACGGCGAGGAGGUCGUCGUUUCCGACACGGACGAGAGCGGCUCCAGCCUCGACGAGGAGAGCGACGCCAGCGACGACUCCUUCAUCGCCGCGGCGGAGGAGGAGACGGAGGAGGAGGAGGAGGAGGCGCAGGCGCCACAAAAUAAGCGGCCGCGGUUGCCGGAGGGAUUCGGCGGCGCCGACGACGACGCACCCCCCGCGAAAGUCGCACGGAAGGAGUAG